GACGACAGGAUUAAAUGCUUCAUUUGGUGAUGCUCACAUGCUUCAGAUCAUUUACAAAUAUCUUCCCUAGGCUAAAAACACACUUUCUGUUUGAAUGUGUCCGCAGAGGCAUUAUGUUGUUGUCGUUGAGGAGGAGUCGUGCAAUAACAAGUGUCAUUUCCGGACAUUUGCAGGAAUAGAAGGUUCUGUCCGGAUUAAUCAUGAAGAUUGCAGUAGUUGGCGCGACUGGUCAAACCGGGCAGCAGCUGGUGAAUCAGGCUCUUCAGCAAGGACACUCCGUCACUGCCCUCGUCAGAAACCCGGGAAAACUAACGGUAACGCACGAGAACCUCAAGGUGGUUGAAGCAGACAUUUUCUCAGAAGACAGCCUGAAACUGCACUUCAAGGGUCAGGAUGCUGUGUUGUCCUGUCUUGGCUUUCCAAUCUCAUUUUUUUAUGGAGUCCCUGGCUACACUCAGUCUAUGAAGGCAGCAUUAAAUGCUAUGCGUGAAGUCAAAGUCAAUCGAAUCAUUACCAUGACCUCAUGGUACACUGACCCAAAUUCAGGCUCCAAUUCUUCCUUUCUCAUCCGCUUCAUGUUGCUUCCUAUGAUCAGAAGUGUUCUGAACAACAUGUAUGAAAUGGAAAACUUUCUUAAGCAGACUGACGACAUCAACUGGACUGUUGUCCGGCCGCCUGGUCUCAAGAAUACACCAACAACAGCCAAUGAGUUCCUCACUCAUGAAGGUUAUUAUGUCCCUGAUGAAAAUGGUCUGCCAAUCGGCCAGUCUGUAAGAGGAGAUGUGGCUCGUUUCAUGCUCUCUCUACUCAAUAACAAUGCUUGGAUGAAGAAAGCUGUUGCCAUCAUCACCAAAUGAGUUUGCACUUCACUUUUAUCAUUACAUUUAUAUCAUUUGCCAAAGAGCAUUUAAUUGUUUCAUUCAAAUUGAUCAAACAUUUUACAUUUGAACUUACAGUACUUAUUCAGUACGUCUGGCUUUAUGUCACACACAGCAGUUUGCAAAGAUGGUCAGACUAGCAAAUAAUAUCCUACUGAAAUGUUUGUCAUAUACAUAUAUUUUUCAUUACUACUUUAGUUUUAAAAGGAUUUUAAGGGGUUUCACAAUACCAAAGAAAGAUUAAGAGAAUUACAAGAAAAUAUAAUUCAUAAAACCUUUUGUUGCCCAUUGUUUGGGACAUUUUGUGAUGGGUAUUGAAAUGAAAAUGAAGAGCAAAGAAAUGGCAAUUAGCUGCAUGUGCUCUUUUCUUCUUAGAUAUACUGUAUAUGAAAUGUGAAGUUAAAUGUAAACAGCCGUAGUUUUAACAAGGAGACUUACUCAUUUAUAAUCAUUAUUAGUUUACUAAUGUCAAGCCUGCAUGCACAUUUGUUUAUGUUGAUUUCCUGCAUAACACAAAACACAUCAAUCCCUAUCUCUUGUUGUGAUGUCCUUUCCAACUUGUCUUAUUAAGAUUUUCCACAAUAUAUUACUGACAAAACAUUACAAACAUCCUUAGGAAAAGUUUCUUGACCUUCUAAGCUAUAAUCUUGUCUAACAGUAUAUUUUGCAUGCACUUCAGAAGGUCUGUUGUUACUGAUUUUUGUUUUAUUU